AUCUUCUUUAAGAAUAUUUUAUAAUACCCAUCUGAGAUCAUCUGUCUCCUCUGGGUCAGAUUUGGAUGUUGUUGUCUUCAGAGGAAGACGUCCUCUGUCCUCCAGGUGGAGGUGCCAGUGGAUAUUCACUCUAAGAGAAAUGAUCUAAACAUGUUGUCAGAGAUGGACUGACUUGAAAUGAUUAAACUAAAAACUGUUUGUCAAAUAAAUGCAUGAAGCUGAGAGGAGGUGAUUGUGUGUGUUCAGGUGUGUGCAGGUAUAUAAACAUGUGUUUAGGUGUGCUCAGGUGCAGCAGCUCCCCUGUGAUUGGUUGCAGCUGUGCAGCUCUUCCUGCUCAGAUCAGUCAGAUGUUUGAUCCUCAUGGACGAGUCGGCGUUGGAGCAUUACUUCGAUGACUCCAUCGCGAAUAUUUCUGUGCAGGAUUCUGCCCUUGAGUUGAAGGAGGGGCUUAGCGUUCCAAGCGCUGCCCUCGACACACAUGGCCCCACCCCCAGUGUGCAGGACUCCUCCUCCUUCCCAUCAGGUGACCCUGGAGCGAGCGACGACCUGGACCUCAGCUUCCUCCCCGACGAGCUCAGCACUCAGGAUGAAACCAGCCACAACCACACAGAGGCCGAAGCUCUGGACGUGUCUCAGGACAGCGCCAUCUGUCUGGACUACAAUUCCCAGGAUUCCACAACAGUGGAGCCCCAGCAGGAGGCGGCCAUGUUGAGGCUGGAAACAGGGGCCUCCCCCUUUUGCCCCAUGACCCCCAUGACCCCCAUGACCCCUAUGACCCCUGUGACUGAGAAAUCAGGAAUCAUCCCACAGCUGCAGAACAUCGUCUCCACUGUGAAUCUGGGAUGUCCUCUGGACCUGAAGUUCAUCGCUCUGCAAGCCAGGAAUGCAGAGUACAACCCAAAGCGCUUCGCCGCCGUCAUCAUGAGGAUCCGGGAGCCCAGGACCACAGCGCUGAUCUUCAGCUCGGGGAAGAUGGUCUGUACCGGAGCCAAGAGUGAGGAUCAGUCUCGGCUGGCGGCACGGAAAUACGCCCGCGUGGUCCAGAAGCUCGGAUUCCCCGCUCGAUUCCUGGACUUCAAGAUCCAGAACAUGGUGGCCAGCUGUGACGUAUGUUUCCCCAUCAGACUGGAAGGACUGGUUCUGACCCACCAGCAGUUCAGCAGUUAUGAGCCAGAGUUGUUUCCCGGCCUCAUCUACCGGAUGGUCAAACCUCGUAUCGUUCUGCUCAUCUUUGUGUCUGGGAAGGUGGUUCUGACCGGAGCUAAAGAGAGAGCUGAGAUCUACGACGCAUUCGAGAACAUUUACCCAAUUCUGAAAGGCUUCAGGAAGCAGUGAGGAAAUAUAAGUUUGGAUUUGAGUUGUUGACUUUGUUUGUUUCUGUGUUAAUAUUUCCAUCAGAAAAUAAAUCUCAGUUUAGAAAGCGUCA